GCCCUACUCUUUCUUCUUCGUCUUUCCCGCCAUUUUUCUGGUGUGGGCUCACACUUGCUUAGCGGAGAUUUUUGACAAUGGGACGAGAGAAUGCGCCGGAGGAAGCGCUAAAGCUCAUCCGAAGCAGACUCUGUAACCCUAGUUUUGUUUUCAGGGCCUUUUCUGAUUCUCCGGAGAGCAACUACAGCAAAUUGAAGUUCAUAAUAUCGAGUUCAGUCACCGAGGCAUGCAAUAACUCGAUCCUGCUUCUCGGCCCCCGUGGUUCUGGAAAAAUCGCGGUGUUGGAGCUUGUUCUCAAAGACUUAUUGCUGGAAUAUGCUGAUAUGAUUUCAGUCAUAAGGUUGAGUGGGCUUUUGCACCGUGAUGACAAUUGCGCUUUCAAGGAAAUUGCUAGACAAUUAUGUGUAGAGCAUCAACUGAUAUUCUCAAAAAUGGCAUCAUUUGAUGAUAACUCCCAGUUCAUGAUAGCCAUGUUAAGGGAGUGUGGAUUAGCGCAUAAAACAAUUAUUUUUGUACUGGAUGAGUUUGACCUGUUUGCUCAGGGAAAACAACGAGUACUUUAUAGUUUGCUAGAUGCAAUGCAAUCAAUAACUUCUCAAGCUGUUGUCAUUGGUGUGAGUUGCCGACUGGAUGCUGAUCAGCUUUUGGAAAAAAGAGUAAGAUCUCGUUUUUCACAUAGAAAGUUGCUGUUUCUUCCUCCCUCUAAGGGAGACAUAGAGAGAUUGUUGGAGCACAUUUUCUCAUUGCCAAUAGACUCAACCCUUCCUCAUGACUAUGCUGUUGAAUUUAAUGCUAAACUUCAAAUUAUGUUAGCAGAUGAUAAAUUCAAACAAACUGUUAAUGCACAUAUGAAUUCUGAUGCCUCUGUGAACCACUUGUCGAGGUUUCUAUUCCGUGCUGUUUCUUAUAUGGAUUUGGGAUCUGGGUUCCUAUCACUUGAGAAUUUCAAAACUGCGCUCUCAAAUAUCCAAAGACAGCCUAAGCUGGAAUGCAUAAAAGAUUGCUCAGUCUUGGAACUUUAUGUUCUGGUGUGCAUGAGGAGGUUGGAAGUUAAAGAGAAAAAUUCAUAUAACUUUAUUACUGUAAUGAAAGAGUACAAAAGCAUACAUGAUUCUUUCAAGACGUCUGAUUAUUAUGCACAAAAUGUGUGCUUACGGGCGUUUGAACACCUUCUUCAUCGUGAAUUAAUCUGUUUUACAGACAAUAGAGGAUAUAAUCAAUCUGUUGAAUUUCGUCCAGUGAAGCUUCUAAUCUCAUUCCAUGAACUACAUCAGGGGCUAAAAUCAUAUCGUUCCUGUCCUGGCAUUCUUGUUAAGUUAAUGGAUCACGAAGUUUAGUGCAUUCGAGGGACAUAUUGAUGACUGCUUGGCUGCUGAUUGUGUGGUGACCGGAGAAUGCCGAUUCUACCAUUAUCAAUAAUCCUUUGAGGAAAACUCCACUAUAUUUUAGGGAUUAGUGAAACUCAUUUCACAGGUAAUCUGCUGACUAAGAUUGCAUUCAGAUGAAAUGUUACCCUACAUUGUGAUUAAAUUAAUUAUUACUGUAUAUGAAUUAAAAUUCAUGAUUC